AUGGAUAGCUCACUGUGCAACAAUGCUGAUGACCACUCAAGAACGGCAUAUCAGCUCAGUCUCCUGAAGCUGGGUUUUUCAGGUGAUGAGGCUAAAGACGUCUCUCUUGCGCCGGUGUUUACUGGCCCCGUGCUCUAUACACAGCCCAACUUGGUACCGUCGCAAUAUGGUUUGUUGGCCGGUGUCUUAGAGCUCCGUGCGUUAGGAUCUCCGGACCUGGAUAGCCAGGCUUAUGGAGAAGACCCCCGUCUUUUCUUCAAUGUUAGCUCACCAUCGAGUAUCUUCAUCUGUGGCUCUCAGGGUUCCGGCAAGAGCCACACCCUUUCCUGUUUACUCGAGGGGUGCUUGAUUCCGUCUGCGGCUGGCCAACUUCAUAAUCCUCUGACAGCAGUUGUAUUCCAUUACGACACAUUCAUCGGCGACCAGGGCGGUUCACCGUGCGAGGCUGCCUUCCUCGCCACCAGCCCAAAUGUCCAAGUGAGGGUUCUCUGUGCCCCAACAAAUUUCCGAAAUAUUCAGGUGGGAGAUACACAGCCACAGCCGGUGCCGCAUUCCCUGACUAGGCCAUACAGAAAACAUACAGCAGGUUCAAAAUCGCGUGUUCACCCGCUCCAAAUAAAUCAGCAAGACCUGAACACAAAACGUAUGCUGGAUCUCAUGACAGCAGGCCAAGGGAGCAGUUCUGGCCCCCUGUACCUCCAUACUGUGCAGCGAGUCUUGAGGGAAAUGCGCCUUCUACAGCAGGUUUCUGGAGGGAGAUUCGACUAUCAGGACUUUAAGAAACGGAUUUUCGAUUCUGAUCUCCUGCCCUCCCAGCAACAGCCUGUACGGCAACGCCUGGACAUCCUCGAGAGCUUUAUGCCCAGCCAGCAAAUCAUUGCAAGCACGAGUAAAAAGGGGAAAAAGGCAGUUAAUGACGCCGGAACUAGCUGGUCGCCAAAGGUCUUCCUGGAGCAGGAUACCAAUGUUGGCAGAGUAGUAGCUCUCGAUGAAGCUCACAAGUAUAUGAAGGACUCAGCCGAAGCGCAGAUCUUUACAGAGACUCUUCUAUCCAGUGUGAGACUGCAACGCCAUCUUGCAACCCGGAUAGUGAUUUCCACUCAAGAGCCAACCAUCUCCGCCGACCUUCUCAGUCUUUGCUCGGUCACCAUUGUCCACAGAUUUUCAUCCCCUGCAUGGCUUCGUGCUUUGCAGCAUCAUGUUGCCGCGGCUGCCUUGGGAGUGGAAUCCAACAACAAAACGUUCUCGGAGAAGGAGGAAUCCCAAGGCCAGGCCCACAUGUCCUCAAAACUGUCUUUUCUUGACCGAAUCGUUCGUCUUCGCGUGGGUGAAGCUUUACUCUUCGCGCCAAGUGCAGUAUUCCGCGUGACAUUUGAGGGAUCUGGAACUCCGGCGGUGUCCAAAUUGGGUGGUGGGUACAUGAAGAUCAAAGUAAGAGACCGGGUGACUGAAGAUGGAGGGAAAAGCGUCCUGUCGUCGUAG